AUGAACCCCCGCCACAUCACCACCGCCCGCCACCACAACCAAAACCCCCAACGCUCUCAAACCUUCACAACAACCUUCUUCUCCACCGCAAUCCAAACCACCGUUACCUCUAUCCCCGCCAUCGCGCGUCAAUGGGUCUAUGACCUACGCAACAACUACGCCGACUCUCUUUACUCCUCCACCCUCGUCAUCGGCCUCGGCGUCCAAUGGCAACCUUACUCGAACGCCGCCUCCACCCUCCAACUCUGCGUCGACACCGACUGCCUAAUCUUCCAACUCUCUCACGCUCCAAACAUCCCCGCCACCCUCCGCCGCCUUCUCUCCGAUGACCGCAUCACCUUCGUUGGGGUCCACAACGGAAGAGACAGGAAUCUUCUUGAAGGUUCUGAUCAUCAAUUGCACGUCGAAUACCUAAUCGAUUUAGCCAGAGAAGAAGGAUACGGAAACAUUUCAAUGGAAGAUAUGGCGGAAGAUGUGCUAGGUUUUCCUGGGAUUGUGAAACCGAGGGAAGUGGGGAUGAGUGAUUGGGAUCAAUUCUGGCUUACGAAUGAGCAAGUUCAAUAUGCUUGUGUUGAUGCUUAUGUUUCGUGUCUUCUCGGUCUAUCUCUUGGUUAUGGUGACGAUGAUGACGACGGCGAGGAUGAAGACGAAGAAGAUGAUGAAGACGAUGAAGAUGGUUUCGGGUACGGGUAUGAUUUUGAUGGUGAAUAUUUGGAUUAUGAUGAUUAUUGCAACCCGUUAAAUUAUAAUGAGGAUUGGGAGUAUGAUCCAUUUCAUUGCAACCCUUAUAAUUUUUAUUUGUCAGACUCAGAUUAG